GAAUCUCCCCCUUCGACGUCGCACUCGUCCAGUCGGCCUACAUCAUCGCCGACAUCAGCCGCUGAUCCUCCCCCUCCUCACCCACGACGCGUGUCACAACACCUACGAGCAAUAGGUUCAGAACACUCGUCUCCUACUUCAUCUCUCAGAGGUCCACGCCCCGUUUUCCAUUUCGCAGACGUUUCGUCGCCCGGGUCGAUUACUCCACCUCCACUCCCUCCUUCGACCGCAAACUCGGCGACGACGAACGCACGACCGCGAUUCGGAGAGAACUGGAAUUACUCGUCAGAGCGUACUUUUCAGUUGAAUGUUGUUCCAGACAGUCUGUGGCAACCGACACUGGCCCCGGGAAAAUUCGUCGCCGUCUGCAGAGAGGCCCCCAGGGUGGUGGCGAAUAUCAUCGGCUUGUUGUUUGGCGCGUACGAAGUGCUGAGCUUUUGUCAUGCUAGCAAGGAGAUGAGGAAAUUGGUCGAGUCGUUGUUUGAGGGGAAUGAUCUCGUGCGGGACGCCUUUCUCGUCCGUACCAUCCGCGGCUUUCAGCCCUCAAAGUCUCCAAAUCCUACUUGGCUUAAUCAUGGAAUUAAAAUUGACCUUACGGAUUUGGAACUGUUACUCGAGUCUGAAAGCGUUUCGCUUUCAGCUUAUCCUAUGCACGCACUUCGGGUGAUCGCAAGCCACAAUUCGCAAGCCUCGACCUCAUCCUCUGUUACCUCGGAAAAGGAAAACACGACUUCGCGCUUCCAAACUUUAACGCUCUCUCACUCGCGAUUCGUCGCGUAUCUCCGUCACCGAACCACCCCACAGGCACUCCAACUAGCUUUCCAAGACGAAGAUGACGCGAUUCUUUCAUCUCCAGAUGAUUCACUAGGAGGUGCGCAAGGCGAACUCGUGUUUCCAAGUCCGCUGUUUUAUUUCAAUGGUGUUGAAAAGCCGGUCGUGCCAGCAUACCUCCCUCUGCCUACCACCGAAAAACGAGAAUCACGGUCUCAUUCUCGUUCAGUGUCCAAGGGUACAAAGGACAAACCACUGCCAAGACUAUCCAAGUCCAAGUCGGCCUCUAAUAUGAACGAUAGGAACGUGCCCGAGCUGGCAAGCACGGCUCCUUCCUCGUCUGGACGGCUUAAACGGCUCAGCCUCAAACCCAGUAAGCGAAAGGGUUCGGUGUCAUCUCCGCCACCCCCUAUGCCCUCCACCCUGCCUCCUCUACCCCAUACCGCACACCAGCAGCAAUCUAGCCCUCCCAGUAUCGGUCAAUUUGGUACUUUGGGUCCCUCUGCGGGGUAUUCGAUGAGCCAAUCGUUGGACUCGAGGAUGAGAUCACAUAGCCAAGCCUCCAUGACCUCACCUUCUGUGCCGUUCCCCUCGGCAAGCUUGUCCCCCGCCACCUUUUCUCACUCGUUUCACUCGAACCAUGGUCGAUUCACGCCGCCCAUGUCUGGACAGUUUACCCCUCCCCAUCCACCACCAUCGUCCUUUGGGUGGGCGACACCGCCGGGGCAGUAUACACCUCCCUCGAGUUCGCAUCGCCGCAAGAACAGGCAGAGUCUGCAUGCAGGUUCCGACUCGCCCUUUUCGACGGGACGUUUCCGUAACUCGCAAUAUCUGAAUCGGUCCAUGCCGAUGUUGCCGCCCUCCAUGAUGCCGGGCAUGCCAACAAUGAUCAACGGAUUCGACAGCCCGGCGCCUGUCACGUCUUUGGGCGACAUUCACUCGUUGUCUCAAGUGUUUCGACUGACCCGCGCGCCCAUAUUCCGCGUCUUUGUGCCGUGUUCGUUCCUUAAUGGUUCGAUUUUGAAAGCAUGUGUUACACAGCUUCAGGCCGCGUCCUUGCUCCCGCAUCUCCGGGCCGGUGACCUCGUCUGUAACCUCGGCUACGUUCCUGACGAAGAUGUGAUUGCGAAUGGGGGCGAAAAUAAUGGAGAUGCGCGUGGGUGGAUGGUGUGGAGUGGUCAUGAACUGUUGCCGUUGUCGACCAAGGAGGUUAUUCCU